AGCUGGGGCGCUCAGUUGCUCGCUCGCAUUCGUUGGGUUCGCAGUGAGAAAACCAAAACAAAGCUGUCCCUCCCCGCGAAGGGUUUCGCUUUCUUUGCCCGAGAGUUCAAGUGUGUGUCAAAUUUGACCAGGAAUAAUAGAAGUCAACGCGCUAUUCUUUGUUGAACCAGAAUUGAGCCCGAGAACAAAAGUUUCCGCGUUUGGGUUAGGCUUUUGUUCGGGAUCGGAGAAUUAAUAGUUCGCGAAUCGGGCGUUGUAAGGGCUAAUCGAAGGAAGCCCUCGAGGUAAUCGUUUCGUUUAAAGUGACUUAGAUCUUCUACGGGACAAAUAGUUGCUCUUCGAGAGCAAUUUUUUGGUGCACUUCCGGAACGGUGCGUGAACUUUGUCGAAAGAACUUGACCCCAAAGGUGGAGCUAAAAGUUCUGAAUACAAGGUCCUUGAGGAUAUUGGGCGAGGGUACAGAGUGAAGUUGAAAGAAUAAGUUCGACUCAUCCGAGACCAUCUGUUCGAAUCUGUGUUUGUGUGGUGAAUGCACAAGCAGAGCAAACUGAAAUCGGUGAGAUUAGUGCUUCUGCCUUCUGCUACGCUUGGAUGGACAGGAAGAGCACUGUGAUCUGCCUCCGAGCUUCCAAGAAUCGUGAAAGAAUGUCAUAGAGGAGGUAUCAUGUAACAAAGGAGGUGAAAGCAAAAAAAGAAGGUGCCUAGUGAUCCGAACCGAAGAAAAGAAAACAAUAGAAUCAGGAAAACGGGAGAGUGCAACCAGGGAAGAGAAAAAUAAGCUAAAAAUAAAACAUCGAAGUGACAAGAGGAAAUCUGAGGAGUAGUGAUCCCGAGUGUGAAAGAGUUGAAAGUGCGAAAGAGAAAAGUCUAGAAUCAAAAUUGGAUCCGACGUCGUAGUUCAGGGAAAGAAAGAAAUCCCCCCAGCAGUUUUCAAGUGCUCUGAGUGUUUGUCGAAUAGUGAGUGUAGUCCAGAGGAAGAUUUUUUUACGGUGUGUGUUGUACAAUAGAGAAUACCCGCGGCUCCGAUGGCGAUGCUGGCAAUAGCGAUGGAUAACAAGGAGAACGUUUUCAACGCAGCUCGUGACGGCAAUCUGGUUGUCCUGAAGCGAUACAUCAGCGGACGGCCACAGAAUGAGAUCGAAAUGCUGGUGACGGCGAAGACAGGUGGCGCCACUCCACUGCUGAUCGCCUGCCGAAACGGACACUUCGACGUGGUGCAAUACCUGAUCAAGCGAUGCCACGCGGACGUCGAACAGCCAGGAUCAGUGAUUUUCGACGGCGAAACGAUAGAGGGCGCUCCGCCCCUGUGGUGCGCCUCCGCCGCCGGCCACACCAGCAUAGUGAAACUCCUAGUCCAGCACGGUGCCAAAGUGAACAGUACAACCAAAACCAACAGCACGCCUCUACGGGCGGCCUGCUUCGAUGGGCACUACGAAAUCGUCAAAUACCUAGUUUCACACGGUGCCGAUAUCGAAGUGGCGAAUCGCCACGGUCACACCUGUCUGAUGAUCGCCUGCUACAAGGGACACUACAAAAUUGCACAAUACCUUCUAUCGCUCAAGGCGGACGUAAAUCGGCGUAGCGUGAAAGGCAACACCGCCCUGCACGAUUGCGCCGAGUCCGGUUCGCUGGAAAUCCUCCAACUGCUCCUGCAGCACGGUGCUACAAUGGAUGUAGAUUCCUACGGAAUGACACCCCUCCUAGCCGCUAGCGUCACAGGACACCUGCCCAUCGUAGAACACCUCAUUAGUCUGCCAUUCGUGAAACGGGAUGAUAGAAUAGCUGCCCUCGAACUCCUCGGAGCAACCUACGUCGACAAGAAACGUGAUAUGCUCGGUGCACUCUCGUUCUGGAAACGUGCCAUGGAAGAUAGAUAUAGCAACAACCCAGUCCUGCCGAAGCCCGUGCGAGAACAGGUGCCCGCCUACGACUACGCCCAGGAAGUGAAUGACCUCAGCGCCCUGGACGAGCUGGUUAUGGACCCAGACGAGAUGCGUAUGCAGGCGCUUCUCAUACGCGAACGGAUACUCGGCCCGGUCCAUCCCGACACCAGUUAUUACAUUCGCUUCCGAGGGGCCGUCUACGCUGACUCAGGUCGCUUCGACCGGUGUAUAGAACUGUGGACGUACGCCCUCUCCAUGCAACAGAACAUCCUGGAACCCCUGAACCCUAUGACGCAGUCCUCGCUUCUGUCCUUCGCCGAACUGUUCAGCUUCAUGCUCGGUGAAGCCGGCCGACCAAUCACCCGCGGCCGGAUUGUGCCUCCGAUCGAAACCUCCGACAUGUUGAUCAUCUUCAAGAAGUCGAUCCGCGAGGUGCAGCUCGGCCAGCGAAUGAUGGAGCAGAUGCCGUCGCACGAACGGGACAGCACAGCCCUGAACCGAGCCCUCGUCAUCUCGCUGCAUUUGGCCUGCCUGCUGGCGCGACUGCUCGACGAAGACGAAGAAAUUUGUUGUGAUAGUAUGAAGCAUCAGAUCCUGCGUGCUUUCUACGAAUUAGUCAGUUUAAAAAUCGUAGCUAAAUCCGGACGGACGGCGCUACAUCUAGCGUGCUACAAGGAGGCGGCCCUGGUCGGUCGCUAUCCAGCCUGCCAACUGCCAUCGCCGCGCCUCGCCAAAGCAUUGCUCCAGGUCGGUGCCGACCCGAACGCACAGGACGAAGCCGGAAAUACGCCCCUGCAUUUAGCGGCCCUGACCCGACCCUGCCCAGCGGAUCUUGCGAAAACCUUGCUGGAAUACGGAGCGCAUUUGGACACCAAAAAUCUGGACGGCGACACGUUCGAAUCGCUGCUGCAGAACCAACGCCUCCACGAGCUGGUCAACCCGAUCAAGUAUACCCGCCUGUCUUGCCUGGCCGCCCGAGUCCUGCAGCGUCACGCCAUAGAAUACCACAACCAGGUGCCGAGAUGUUUGUACGAGUUUGUCGAUUCCCACUAGAUUGGUGGAUUGGUGGAUCUACACUACAUACAUACAUAGGUCUUCACAGCAGGAGAACAGGUAGUAGCUUCCAGAGGAGCCGGAUCGCGUUCCGUUCCGAUGAAGCGCCCUUAGUUUAAGAGAGCAGUUACGAGAUUUAGUGCGAACGUCAGAGUUGCAAAAAGCUUAUUUCAGACUAUUUGUAGUGGUUUUAAGUUUUCUGGAAGAACGCACUGCCCGUUUCUUUCGCGUAUUCGGUAGACCUCGGAGCCCACACGAAUGCUGUAUCCAUCACAAUUAUAUAGCUGUGACACCAUCUUCAUUGAUUGAUCAUGACGACCGUCAGCUUCCGAUUUGAGCGAGCAAUUCAAAACGGACAAGAGUGAUGAGUUUCAUUUACUUUUAGUUUUAGGAAGGAAGCCCAGCGUGGCUUGGCUGCGGGUUCCGGCCACGCCCACAACAGGAAGGUUACAUUUCUUAACUAAUGGAACAGUUCGCAAAUACGGCGUGGUGAACUCGCAGCCUCGAUGGGCCUCGGGUAUAUGGUUAACUGUGUACAAGCCUUCUACGAGUCUGAAUCCCUGACGCAGGGCUGGAAGCUUAAGGAAAAAACUUUGAUUCAUUUUCGUGUUCACACAGUAAGAUUUUUCUGUUUAGUCAAGUAAGAACUCAACUUUUUGCCUGUAGCAAUUUUACGUAUGCUUGAAGUUAUGAAUGAGACGAACAAACGUCAAAAGAAACGUGCGGUGAUAGUUAAGUAUGAGAUAAGUUUUAAAGUGAACAACUUUCUUGAAAUUUCAUUUACCCGCUCAUUUGUUAUACUUUCUAGCUUUAAUAUUCUAGUGGAACAAACUCAAGCAGUUUCUAUCGUUUACAUUUUAGGUUAGUGCUUAGACUGGUACUAUGAAUAAUCAUUUUCAUUUUCAAGUGUUCAGGAAACCUUACAAAUGUAGGCUCACUUUUGUUAUGCAAAUUGUAAUUGUUAACGUAAAACCGUCUUUUCAAUACAAAAGCAGCCGGUAUUUUCUGCUAAACAUCUUUGAACAUAGGACGAAUUGAGGAAUAAAUGCUCCCCUGAACUCUUGUUUCAAAAAGGUAAGAUACCUACGAAAGAGUAUAGACAACUCCUUAGUUAGCAAAUUUUAUAUCAGAACCGACCAUAUUCGGUCUCAUGCACACCACAAAACGACUACAUCCCUGAAUAUUCGCAUACCGCGCUAUAACACCAUUUCAAUCUGUAUCGUUAAAAAAUAGUGCUGAGUCGGUGUUAAAAUCCCGCAAAAUUACGAAACUCCCAUUAGAGCAGUUCAUUGUUCACCGGAAACAGACUUAUAGCGUAUAAAGUAGCAAACAAUUAUUGGAAAACAGACCCAAUUAUAAUAGAACAGUAGGAGAGAGGAGACAUACGUCAAAUAUCAACCACCCCGCACAUAUACAGUGAGACCUAGAAAGAAAUCAUCCAGAUGUAACACACAUAUGUUACAGCGUUAUAUAGCGAAUUCAACGAGGAUGAACAAAAUAAAAUAAAAAUGCUAAACAAUCGCCAUUUGCAUGUGUUACAAGAAAAAAAACCUAUAGAAUGUAUCAUUUUACCCGCGUUGACAAAGGAAAGUGUAUAGUUAAUUCCUGCAGUUCAGUUUAGUGGAAUGACAUAUGGGACAGUGGAAUGACAUGGGAAUGGUAGUUAGUGCAGGAGUAUGGAGAUAUGAACCAAGUGCGAGAGCGAAUAGGAACCACCCACGUUGAUGGAAACACGUAGAAACCAGAACGAUUAUUAGCAUGAAAAAUUAUACAGAACAAAAAUGAUUAAAAUAAUAGAA